GUUUUACAAUCCUUCAACGCUCUUAUUAUAGUGUAUACCUAGUUUUUUCCAAACAUUUCAAACCAUUUCGCGCCUUAGACUACAAUUGUAUGCUUCAUUUUAAUGGCGAACUUGUCAGCAGUUAGACGCUUUCAACUAGUAAACGCAGAAAACUUUGAUAUAAAACCAAUUUAAAAAGUAACAGAAAUCGAUUGGUAUAAGUUAUACAUAUAAAGUGAUGAAGGCACACAAUUUCGUCCGGUGGUUUUUAGUGAUGCUCAUACAAAGCCAUACAUCUCAUAGUAACGAAUUUACGCCGAAUCUCCGCACGACAACAGAUAUAAUUCUGAAUGAUAUUCGUAAUGCUUUUAAAACCGUUACAAAUAACACAAAUCUUAUAAACCGCAUUAUACCCGAAAUGUACGUACCGGUUAUGCAACAAUCGAAAUUUGUUUUUCUUUUCGAAAUGCCUGACGACGCUGUUAAAAGCGGGCAUUCAAUAUGGAUGAUGCAACGCAGUGAUCUUGUUGAUCCAGUUUUUCCUAAUCUUACUUUUGAGUAUAUGCGUGCGCAAUUAAAUAAAAACCGUCUAACAUUGGUAAACAGCGAUAAUUUGGACGAGGAUACAUCGAAGAGCAGUGCACAAACGCAUGCAAACACUUGGAGUUCACUAGGUUUGGACGGUUGGACUGGCGCUGUGGCUCCGGUGAAUACUGAUCCCGAUACAAAUAAUGAAUAUCCGUCCAGUGAUAUUCUUUUGGAUAUGGAGAAUGAAGAAGGAAAUACGGAAAAGGAUGAAGAUGGUGAAAGUGUUUAUAUUGCCCGAGUUAAUGAUCCUUUCGGUACCUCAGUAAAAUGGGAAUUAAGAAAUUCCACCGAUCGGUCAAAACGUGAUGUACUUACAUUGUACUCUAUGAUCCAGUGCUCCACCGGUUGUCAGCCUUUAAUUUAUAAGGGUUAUGGCUGUUAUUGCGGCUUCUCGGGUGCUGGCAUACCGGCUGAUGGCAUUGAUCGCUGCUGCAAGGUACACGACAAGUGCUACGAAUACACCAAUUGCAUACCUUACUUGGAAUAUUUUGUUCCAUAUGUCUGGAAGUGCUAUCGCCGGAAGCCACUAUGUGCCAUCGAUCACGGAGAAUUUGGUGGGCCGCGCUCAUGUGCUGCGCGAUUGUGUCAAUGUGAUAUUCAGUUGUCUCGCUGCUUACGGCGAUUUAGCUGUCCCAAGCGUAGAGCUGUUUGCCUUAGUUCAAGAGCGCGACGUUUGCAAAAUUUUUUGCUUACAUUUCAAUAGGUUUUUAGAAAAUAUACCAAACUACUUUUUAGAAUUAUGUAUUUGCACAUAAAUUUUAUUUCUAUUGCAUUACCA